AUGGGAGUUCAGUCUGGACCGAGUUUAAUAAAUCCAAAGCUAAAGCCAACACAACAACCUGCAGGUCUCGCACUCGAUCGCAUUGAGCACCUGGUAGCUGCGUGUCUGCGGAGCAUACCCAACCUAGAACUAUCACACAACAAAUACGAAUCCAUUUCCCAGACUCUCGCCCCAGAAAUCCAAACUAUUUCAUCCGCCAUUUUUCAGAGCAAAGUAGAGCUAGCGCGACCGGCGCAGGCGAAACUGAAGGAGCCCGAGAGGAGCGCUCUACUCACACAGAAAGGACGUCUCGACCACGAUUUCCAAGCCACGUGCAGGGAUGCGCUGGUGGCGUGUGAGCGCGACGUCGACAACUCGGUAAAAUCUCUCAUCAGCAACCUCGCCAACCUUUCUGCAACGUACAAAGAGGCCCGGUUCCUCAAUAGCGGUGACAUGAUAAGCGAUACUGAUGGCCUUGAUCUCGCGCGAGAUGGCCCGUCGGGCUCAGAACAGCCACAGUCGUCGCCCUGCACAUCGCGUCUGAAAAUAAAGACCAGAGGCGCCACAUUUACUGCCAACAGAUAUGGUGUUUUUGAGACGCACAAGAGAAAGCGCGAUGAUGCUUUUCAUAGUAGGCAGAAGCGACCGCGCCUUGAAAGCACAAGAAAAUCAAUGCAUUACGACGCUGUCUACCAAAACAGCCGAGCCGUGAAGAAGCACAUCAUUGUCCGGAGGCCAGAAGACAUUUCUCGCCCAGGCAGAUAUUACAUCAUUCGGUGCGACCGACACAAUGUCAGCUUCGAGGAUAACCCACUACAGGCGGCUUCGACACACCUUCAGAUGAAGCACAAGUCCGUCACCGCUUUUACUUAUGAUUCUGUGAUCGACAAUUUAGGCUGUGAAGUCAUAGGCUGCGACGAUGAGAAGCUCGAGGAAAACAACUCCUUAGCAAGAAAGGCUUUCGAGAGAGGAGAUGAGGGACCAACCGGCGACAACAUCAGGGUUCGCGAAAGGUCAUAUUCACCUGAGCCGCAACAACGCAAGAAACACAACGUCCAGAGUUUGAAAGUUUACGGUUCUAAAGGCAGAAGGACGAGGCGGUCGAAGCGUCAGACUGAUCAGCAAGACGACUCAAGUCACAAAGUCGAUCUGAUACCCGGCAAAGUUUACAUCAUCUACUGGGCCGAAUCAAAACAGUGGUUUGCUGGGGUUCUUCUCCCGCUCCAGGACCUGGAGUCUAUUGGUAUCCAUGAUUCUAUGGAGAAAAUCGGUCUGCUUAAGAGUCUACCAGAUUGCUACCAAUACGACAGCUCAGCUAUGUCGUUUUCAUGGACUAAGGGUUAUGAAGACGGCGGACCCAUGAGUUCGGAACAACACUUCGCUUUUGCGUUCUUUGAGGGUGUUAAGUUCCCCGAAGAGAGCCACUUGGCGUGGAUUCCGACUCAUGAUAUCAAGGAGUGGGAUGAAGAGCAGGCGCAGAUGAUCGAGCAUAGCGAGCAGGCACUUGAUUAUUUGAAGGUUCAGGAAGAGAACAAGCCGCAAGAGCUGGGGAGCAAUGACGAGAUUCGAGAUUCAGCAGAUGACUCGGAGGAUGGUCUUAGUCUGCUCGGACCUCAAUCUCCUCAGGCUGAAUCUUCAGUAGACCCACCGCCUGCACAAAUUAACGACCCUGUCACACCCGACACAGCCGAGGAGCCAGAACCGGCCGAGUUGGAGCAAUUACGAAAGGAAGAGUUGCACCAGGAAGAAUUGCGUCAGGAAGAAAUGCGACAGGAAGAAUUGCGACAAGAAGAGUUGCGACAAGAAGAGUUGCGACAAGAAGAGUUGCGACAAGAAGAGUUGCGACAAGAAGAGUUGCGACAAGAAGAGUUGCGACAAGAAGAAUUGCGACAGAAAGAAUUGCGGCAAGAAGAAUUACGAAAGAUGGAACUGCGAAAGGAAGCUGCUGCCGAAGCCGAGGAGUUCUUUAGGCAACAAACCCUACGCGAAGAGCAAGACGAGGAUGUUAUCAUGGAUACCCAAGAAGACGACACCGAAGCUGUUCCUACAGUUACAGAAGGAGAAAGUCCCGAAGAAGCAGACGAUGCUUUUCAACUACAAGGUGACAAAGACCAGGAUAUCAUCAAGAACACGCAAGAAGAUACAGUCGAAAGUAAUCCGGAACGGAGAAACGUGGAAGAGGUCGUUGUUACGUCGGGACACGUAGACGAGACCGACGAAGAAAUGGUGGUCGAAACCCAAGAAUCGAUCCCUCUCACCCAGGAUCAAGAUUCUGCGGAGGAUGUCAACGAAGUGGCGGAUGAAGACCAGGAGAUGGUGAUCGAUACUCGACAGGACAGCCCCGACAAUGCUACCCAUGAAAACGAAUCCGAAGAACUCGCCAAUGCAUCUGAGAAAGGCGAAGGUGUCGAAAAGAUGGAAGAACAUCGCCCGCAAAUGUUCGUCGAUACCCCGGAGGACACAACUGGAGAUCUUCCUUUGCAAGAUGAUCCAGCAGAUCAAGAUGAUAGCCUUCCAAGAGAGCCAAAUUUGCCUUGCAGACCAGAUACGAACCGUCUAUCUUCUGCUGAUCUGGCUAACUUGCUUUCAGAGUGUGAGGACCUGGAGAUGCACAUGUCGCAAUCUGAGCUGCCAGACGUAGACGAAAGUCGAUCCGUCUUGAGUACCGUCAAGCCAGCUCCAUUUGCUUCGAUGGAGAUUGAUACUUCGAACAGCGAGCAAGAUGAUGACCUAACUCCAAGUCCGCUCGCUGAUAUUGGCUUGCCUUAUGGAGAGACACCUGAACGACUCACUCCGUACGCUGAAAUGGGCAAAAAGGCAUCCUCGUGCCCCCGCAUUUCGAAGUCACCACAAAACCAAAAGGCUGUCAGGCAGGGUAGUACAAUGGCCCCCAGACCUGACCAAAAGCACCCUGUGAGCGAGCAUUCAGCUGUUCAGGACCGUGCGGAGAGGUCUGAAACGCGUGUUCAGCCAGAGCCAGAAACACCUACUCCAACAUUUUCAGCAUCGCCAUCGUCAACGUGUCCUGAGCCAAACCAGGUACAUCCUGAAACACAAGCUGCGGCACCUGCAAAGAUUCCAUUUCGUGGUUUGAGAGCGCCAGAACACCAGAUGACAGAAGGACCAGCACCACGACGCAGAUUGCCGUCACAUGCCCCUACAGCAGUUGGGGUGCAAAUACCACCGUCAGUGCCGGCCUCUCCGCGACAGUCCUUGGUUGAUAUUCCUCCUCGCAACAUUGGAUAUCUUCAACAUCCGCACGCGCAAACUGUAAUGUCACAACAGCAGGCAGCCAAAGACAUGCAGAGACAAGUUCCCGCUACUCCUCAAAACCCUGAGCCUGUUACAGAAUCGCCAAGAUGGUCCGGUUUCCGACACGACUCUACGGUUUCAAAAAACCUUGAGACGCAACCUCUAUCUUCGCCGGGUCGAGUAAAAGCACAGGCCCUGUACCCUCCCAUCGUCACUGGAGACUAUUCAGAUCCACAACCACUGCCCAACUUACGACAAUCUCCCCAAAAGGUCCCUGGACCUAAUUCAACAUAUGGGGUAAUGGAACCUCAGGGUCCGAGCACAGCCAUUCUCCCACAAGCACCCACAGUGUCUCAACAGCCAACAUCAUGGCGAGCAUCUUCGUACCGACCAAAUUCCAUCCAGGUCCCCCAAUAUAUACCAGUAGGCUCAGCCUCGACACCCCUACCGUCCCCAACACAACGUGAACUAGCUCGACCUGAAUCCGCAGCUUCAGACUAUCCAGCGCCACAGUCGAUGUCGCCGCCUCAGCACUCUGCACCGACUCAGCGCGAUUCUCCGGCCCCUUAUCAAACAGUAUCACAACUGAUGCCUUCCCCUCGACAAUAUGCCACGGAGACCUUCCAACCUGUUUCUAUCGGCCAAAGUCAACCAACAUCACACGCCAUGGCGUCACCUAGAAUCGCUGCCAUGAGUAUAUCGCGUCCAGGAUCCGUGAUCUUGUGUCCCCCACCAUCGCAAACGUCGCAACCGCCCUCACCACGCCGAUUGGCGAUGAAUAUUUCCCGUCCUGGGUCUGUGGUUCAGAACAUCGCGGCACCGCAAGUGAUGCCUUCCCCCAGGCAAUCAGCACAUGAGGUUCCGUGGUCCAGCACAACAGUUCGGAGUCCAUCUUAUGUUUCACCGUACCAACACAUCCCGGAGCUUCCCCGCCCACAUUCUCAAGCCUACGAACAUCCAAUCUCACAGAUAGCGGCUUCGCCAAGGCAAGCAGCAAGAUCUAUUUCUCGGUCUGGCUCUACUACCCCACACCUUGUCUCACACGUUACACCUUCACCACGUUUGACAGAAAUGGAGCUCGCCCGACCAAACACUUUCGAUUAUAGGCAUCAACUACCUCUAAUGGCAUCUCCACGACCAACACCAAUGAGCUUUUCUAGAUCUGGGUCUGUUGUGCAGGCAAAUGCAGCGUCGCAAGUCAGGGGGCUGCCACGAGCCACGAUGGAGCCUCCCCAACCCAAUUCCAUGGCCUACGGGAUCCCAAGGUCGCCGAUGAUGGCUUCACCUCAGCAGAUGGCGAGGAGCCUUUCUAGACCCGACUCUACCAGGCAGGAAUAUUCACCCUCGCAAGUGACAUAUUCGCCACUACAGCCACCCUCGAGUCUGCCCCGACCGAAUACCUCUCACGGCCAGCUGCCAUCGUCACCAUAUCAAGCGGCAAGGAGUCUUCAUCGACCACGUACCUCCCUCGACAUGCAAUAUCCGCCAACCACUUCGUCGCCCCAGAUGUCACAAACGGGUUUCCCCAUAACAAAACCGAGGAUGAGUAAUCGUGGUUCUUUCCAAGGCGGUUCAUUGCCGCUCCCAAUACCUUCCGCGAACAACUACGUGCCAACAGCCCCGGAGGCGCACCGCUCUUCACGACCAAGACAAGAGCCAGUCUCGCAUACCAAUGAACCACGUAGGCAUUCUUAUAGCGCAUCCACUGUUUACGACCAGCCUUAUUCCUACCGAAGUCAGUCCCAAGCCGUGGAGUCGACACCAAGAUCAUACCAACCAGCGUAUCAACCCGCAAACGCAAAGAAUCUCAAUACCGGCCCUGCUCCGCUUCUCUCGAGUUUACCACCCCAUAUCGCAGAUAUGUUGCUCCAACGAACUGGCUUUACCUGGCAAGCGCAUCCCGAUUACCAGCCAAGCGAUUUUAUCAACUACGAAGGCCAAUACCAAUGCCCGUUCUGCAGGAUGAGGAUGUCGAAAGCCGGGACCUUUGUCGAUCAUUUGCAGAAGUUGUGUCCAAGUACGGACAAGUUGUCUCAAGCUAAGAAGCCUAGAGCCCUUCGUCGCUGA